AUCGCGGCGCUGCCAUGUUGUUGUUUUAUCUCCGGUACGGAGUUUCCAGCUGUCGGUGUCUGAGGACACGGUGGGCACUUUCUUUCUGACACAGUCGCACCGCCUUACACAUAUUUCCUGGAGUACAGCUAAACACCGAGUCACCGCAAAAGUUAGCGCAGAGCGGGGAGCUACCGUCGGGCGAGGUGAAGAUGGUGGACCGGCUUGCCAACAGCGAGGCCAACUCCAAGCGGAUUGGGUUGGUGGAGAGCUGCUUUGGAGCUGCAGGCCAGCCGCUGGCCAUCCCGGGUCGAGUUCUAAUCGGAGAGGGCGUCCUCACCAAACUCUGCCGCAAGAAGCCCAAAGCGCGGCAGUUUUUCCUCUUCAACGACAUCCUGGUUUACGGAAACAUCGUCAUCCAGAAGAAGAAGUACAACAAACAGCACAUCAUCCCCCUGGAGAGUGUCACCAUCGACACGGUGCCGGACGAGGGCGAGCUACGGAACGGCUGGCUGAUCAAGACCCCCACUAAGUCCUUCGCCGUCUACGCCGCCACCGCCACGGAGAAAUCCGAAUGGAUGAACCACAUCGGGAAGUGCGUGAGAGAACUGCUGCAGAAGAGCGGCAAAUCUCCGACGGGCGAGCACGCUGCCGUCUGGGUGCCUGACUCGGAGGCGACCGUGUGCAUGCGCUGCAAGAAGGUGAAGUUCACGGCGGUCAGCCGCCGCCACCACUGCAGGAAGUGCGGCUACGUGGUCUGCGGGCCGUGCUCGGACAAGAAGUUCCUCCUGCCCAGUCAGUCCUCCAAGCCCGUGCGCGUGUGCGAGCACUGCUACGCGAUGCUGUCGGGAAGCCUGGGGCCGCGCUCCGACUCCAUCACCCGGCCGGGUGCCAACUUCAACAACAACACCCUGUCAGACGACGAGGACGAAGACGACAGCAGUGACUGAGAAACGCCUGAACCUCCGGAGGACUCGCCCCGUCUCUGCACUCAGGAGCAAAUCCUCUCCUCUCAUGAUGUCAGUUGAUUUAUUUUUUUCUAUUUCACCUCGUUUCUCUGAUUGAAUCCAGAUCAGGGAGGAUUGUUUUCUCCUCUUCAGUGGAUAUUUUCCUUUCUAUGAACCCAAAUGAGGAAUUUCCUGAAACGUAAAUUCAUCAGUGAAACGAGGAAUGAACUGGAUCACCGGCAGAACUCUGACUGCAUCAUCUGCUCAGUCCAGCUCAUUCUCAUGCCUCCUGACCAGGCUGCAGUUAUUCACUACAAAGCACAGGUGCUAACCUGCGCUGUCCCCCAACCUCUUCCUCCUCCGCUCAUUUUUAUUUCAUUUCUGUGAAUCAAGGUCACAGAAAUGAAUCACGGUGAUAACAGUCAGAAGUUUUGUCCCGUCUGACUUGCUUUAUAUUCUCACAUUUUUCUACUCUAUUUUUGUAGCUCUCUCCUGCAUACAAUGUUUUCUUUAAUAAUUAACAAAAUGUAGAUAUUACUCUAAACCUAGAGAUGUUCUAGUUGAACUAAUGCAGUUGCUUAUGACAAAUCAGCUAAAGCUCAUCUAACAGUGAGUUUCCUCAGUGGUCCUAAAAACUAACUCCGGCCUCCAUCUGUACGGCCACAGAGUGCCUUCUAGAAAACAGAGCUCUGCUUCCAGAAAGGGAGAGAUUAUCUGUAAACCAAGCAAAAAAAAUAACAACAGGGAUUUCAUGAUAGGUUUUCUCUGACAUGCAUUACUCU